UCCCACACCACCACCUCCACCGUUUAACCUUCUCUAACGAUGACAUCCCCAGACUCCCCCCCUCUGGUCUCCCCUUCCCCGUGUCCUGCUCCCCCUCCGUCUCUCCCCUCCUCCCCUCUGCCUUCCUCCCCGGCCCCUUCCUCCUCCUCCUCCCUCCCCGCCCUGCCCUCGCUGCCCCCCACGGGGGACGUGAUGGUGCUGGCUCUGGGCAGGAAGAAGCAGAGGGUUCUGAUAGCCCUCUCCAUCCUGCCCAACCUCUUCCUGGCCUUCCUGCUCUCCUCCGACCCCCUGGUCACCCUCUCGUCGCCGCACCACUGCCACCUGCCGGGGCCCCCGCCGUCCCCCGAGGCGCUCAACGCCUCCCUGCCCUGGGAGAAGGGGGGGCGGCCCGGGGAGAACGGGAGCCUCUCCCAGUGCCGGCAGUACGUCAACGGCAGCCGCUCGGCGGUGGUGGAGUGCGAGGGCGGCUGGGACUACAACGUCACGGAAGGGCUGAGGAACAACAUCGUCACCGAGUGGGACCUGGUGUGUGGUCAGUACUGGCUGGUCCCAGUAGAAGAGGUGUGUUUCAUCCUCGGCAUCCUCACUGGCUGUCUCGGCCUGGGCUACGCCGCUGACAGACUGGGCCGGUCCAAGACGCUGCUGACCUCUCUGACCUUGUCGGUGGUGUUUGGCGUGCUGGUGUGCGUCUCCCCGUACCCCUCCAUCUUCAUCGUCAUGCGCUUCUGUUUGGCGGCGGCCAGCGCGGGAGUCUACCUCACCCUCUACAUCACUCGUCUGGAGCUGUGUGAGUCCUCUCUGAGGCUGGUGGUGACCACGAUGGCCGGCCUGACGACUGUAGCCGGGGAACUCCUUCUAGUGGCUGUGGCCCUGGGGUGCCAGUCCUGGAGGGGCCUGCUGGGAGCCGGAGCCGCCCCCCUGACACUGUUCCUCUCUUACGGCAUUCCCGGGGUGUUCCCAGAGUCGCCACGUUGGCUCCUUCUGUCAGAGAGGUCUGCAGACAUGAGCUCCUUCACCGAGAGAAGAAACUCCAACAGAGAUGUGAGGGAUGACGAGAGCUUCACAGAGCUGGAUUCUGAACCCGCCCCCUCCUCGCACCCCCACCUGUCCUUUCAUGAGCUCCUCCACAGCAGGAACAUCUGGAAAAACCUGUGUGUGCUGGGCUUCACCUCAUUCAUCUCUCACGGCAUUAGUCACUGUUACAGCUCUUUCCGAGGUGACGUCAAAGGCACGGCCCCCAGCUUCUACUGGACGUAUCUGCUCUCCGUGUGCGCAGGGGGGGGCGCCUGGCUGUUGCUGUGGGCGACCGUGGACAGGUACGGUCGCCGUGGCAUCCUGCUCCUCUCCAUGACGAUGACGGGGCUGGCCUCUUUGAUCCUCCUGGGACUCAUGAAGUAUCUCAGUGAGACGGCCAUCACAGUUUUCUCGGUGCUGGGUCUUUUCUCCUCCCAGGCCACCGCCUCCCUGUGCGUCCUCUUCACUGCAGAGAUCAUGCCCACUGUCAUCAGGGGCACCGGUGUGGGUGCAGUCCUGUCCCUGGGCUGCGUGGGCCGCCUCACCUCCCCGCUCAUGGACCUGAGGAACCACUACGGCUACUUCCUGCACCACGUGGUCUACUCCUCUCUGGCCCUGUUGGCCGUGCUGUCCAUCCUCCUGCUGCCCGAGAGCAAGAGGAAGCCGCUGCCCCAGACGCUGGCCGACGGGGAGCAGUACAGACGCCCCCCGCUGGGCAGGAGGAGGAGGGACAAUGUGCCGCUGCUCGCCACUCCCAACCCCGAGACCUAAAGGACCCCUGAAAGAGUGCGAAGGACUCUACCAGAGCCAGAACACUCCCGCCCAUCGCGUUCAGGCCCCAGCGUUGCAGACAAAAGGGUUUCCCAGAUGAAGGUUGAAAGGCUGACACGCCCCAGCUUCCUGACAUGUGAUCGUCUAGUCAUGGCAGACGCGGUCUGGCGGUUGGGUGCAUCCGCCCAUCUCUCGUCACCAUGCUCUACUUUGAUUUGACACUCAGACUCGCAGAUUCACGCUGUGCGAAGUCUUCAUCGUCCUCUCCUCCCGACCAGACGGAAGGUGAUCCCCCAUCAUGUCACCGCGCCCCCCCCCCCGCCGCCGCGUCUGUGGUGUAGAUGUUAGCCGCUUACCUCGGACUCUCGGGGGCCUGUAGAGUAGUCGCAAAUGAUUCCGCACAACCUGCACAGAGCGGGUGAUCUGAGUCGUUUGUGCUUGGUGUGACUAGAAGCCCUCAGAGGUGUGCAAAAUCAAAGCAUCGUGGUACUCCUCACGCAGAUGGACCACAGUUCACCCCAAUACUCGGGUGCCUUGUAAAUACUCUUUGGUUUCUUUAACUUCUGGGGGCAUCGCAGCUUUGUGAAAGAGCUGACAGUUGUUAAUUUGACCCAAAUCUUAAAAUUGAAAUGAAGGUUUUGAUCUAAUGAUCUAAAUACAAUAUUGGGAUCAGAAUUCUAACAAAACAAAAAAGGCCUUUUAAUAUACACAUGUUCAAAUGUGUGACUUCAGUAAAUGAGCUUGGCCUGGAGCCAGCAAUAUUUAUGUCUUAUUUAUGUUGUUAUGAAGAAUAAUCAAUAAACCAGAGGCCUGGCCUCUGUAGAAUGAAGCUGUCAUACAGGAUGGAGAUGAAUCGGACUCUCUGAUCCAGAAGGGAAGCAGUGGAAGCGUUUUUUUUGUCAGUAUUCCCUCAGAAGCGCACCGUUACUAUUGUAACACCUCUUUAGAAGACCAGUCUCAGUUGUAAGAGAAUAGUCGGGUACGAACAAACUACAGCAGUUUAACUUGUGACACGUAUAACCAGACAUAUUUAAAUAUAUUUUGUCAGCAAGCUAAAUGUGGAGGUUAUGAACAAGGUUUGUCUGUUACUUUGUGUAUUAAUGCUGGAGAAACGGCCCGGUGAUUUUGCUCCACCACGUUGGUUGGGAGCUGAAGAGGGCCUCAGACCUCUGAAAUAACCCACUAAUCCUCAACCAAGCACCUAGGACUUUUUCUUUUCUUUUAGAAAAGUUGAAUUUGAAGUUCACUAGUUGAAGGACACUAAUUUCUCUGACCUUGCUGCAUCCGUCUUUGGUAGUUCUUUCACUCUGUAGGUUGCACUCAACAUGUCGUAAAAGUUAAACACUGACAAAUAUUAGCACUAUGAUUAACUUGGCUCGAGUACUAUUAUGUCUGACAACACUGAUGAGCUGUUCAAUGAUUAUGAUGCUGUUAACUAUAUAGCCUGAUCUAGUGUAAAAUAAAAAACUGUCAAAUAAACAGGACAUGGGCAUUCUUUUUUAUGAAUUAUGUGCGGUAAUUAUGUGUAGUUGGAGGGUUUAUAAAGCCAUGUGACCUGUAGAAAGUUUUUUAGUUUUUAAGAUUGAUGUCUGUAUUUACUGUGUAUUUGUAAUAUAAUAUUUGCUUGUUGAAAUUGACUGGUAAUGAUAUAGAAUAAAUGUUUUAUUAUGUGACAAUAACCGUGUUUUCAUACUACCUUCACAUGUUAGGGCUUUACGUUCUUUUUUAUGGCCGCCGAGUGCGGAUGUCAUGCUUAGACUCUAUUUGUGACAUUUUGGAUAAAUCAAGUGAUGAAAACCGUGUAUUUUUUUCGUAGGUGAUUUAGAUA